UAUCAAUCAAUCAUCAUGAACCAAUGGAAGUACAAACUAAAAACUAACUCAUGCCUCCUUUGGGAUUCUGAAGAAGCUGAUAACCAUAUAAACAUGCAUUUAUAGAGGAUGUAGCACACCUUAGAGCCAGGCUUUCAUGGCUGCGUUUCCAAUAUGUUACAAAACACCCCACAAGGACCAAAAUCUUCCAACCCAAAGUGUAAUAAGACAGAAUGAUAAGAGGUUCAUGUAUGACAGUGACAAUAUGCUACGGUCCACUUCAAUUUCUGGUCAAAUUUGCAGGAGUUGCCACCCCUCAAAUAAAGUCAGCAUUAUCCUUACAAAAUCAAUCACAAAAGAAAGGAAUACACAUAGGUGCAUGGUUCAUGGCAGAGGUUCUUUGACAAAAGUUUGUAGUCCAUAUAGUCACUUAAGCUUCAUUCGGGGAUGUUAUUCAAAGAGAGAAAACCUUUCCACAGUUUGGGAUUCAACAGAGUCUAGACCUAUUGAAAAGCAACUAAGUUCAUUAGAUUCUUAUUUCAGAAAACUCCAAGAUAAUGAAAAAUUAAAUACUUUGGACUCAUCAAACAAGGUGCUGCAGGUUCAUCACAGAGAUAGUCAAUCCAGAAUAGAAAAUGAACUGGAUUCCCUUGAUGAAUAUCUUGGAAAACUAAAUAAUGGUGUAAACCAAGUAUCUCAUGUUCCAACUUAUGUUGAGAGUCGUAGUGAAAAAAAUUUAGCACCAAAGCAAUAUCUCAGCAAAGAAAAUGAUAGAGCAAACUUUAGGAAACAAAAUAUGUAUGUGGAUAUACAAAGAAUAAAAGGUGUGCAUGGUCCAAGGUCUCUACCUAGUGAUGAAACCUCCAGUCUCUACCUAAUUGGUAUAUUGGCUUCUGUAAACAUUGCAGUGCUUCUAUUUGAAAUAGCAAGUCCUAUAAGGAAUGCUGACUUAGAGCUGUUUUCUCUUCCACUGCUAUAUGGAGCAAAGAUAAAUCAUUUGAUCGUGGUUGGAGAAUGGUGGAGGCUUGUAACACCAAUGUUUCUGCAUGCAGGAAUAUUUCACACGGCUCUCAGUUGUUGGGCCCUUGUAUCAUUUGGGCCUCAAGUUUGCAGAGGCUAUGGUUCAUUUACAUUUUUCUUGAUCUACAUACUUGGUGGAAUUUCUGGCAACCUGACAAGUUUUCUACAUACACCAGAUCCAACUGUUGGUGGGACUGGACCUGUAUUUGCAAUAAUUGGUGCUUGGCUCGUGUAUCAAAUUCAAAAUAGAGAUGUUAUUGGAAAUGAUACUUCAGAAAACAUGUUCCGGAAGGCAAUAAUCAUUACAGCUCUUGGUUUCAUAUUAAGCACUCUUGGCCCAAUUGAUGAGUGGACACAUUUUGGAGCAGCUUUCACAGGCAUGGCAUAUGGUUUUUUAACCAGCCCAAGUCUUCAGCUGGAUGAUACAUCAUCAGGAACUGGUCAAGAGGAAGGACUCAAACUUGUUAGAAAAUAUGGUGGUUCAUGCAAAUCACUAAUUGUGUUCACCAUAUUCAUCAUUGUUUUAAGCUCAUUCCUUUUCUUUAUGGAGCCCCCUCUCAAUGCACUUGCGUAUGUCAAUGCAGUAGCUGCUAACGAAUUGGAAUAUAUGUAUAUAUUUGGUUGAUGCAACUUGUUACCGACUCCUCAGGUUUCUCCAGCAUAUUUUCCCUGUAGGAAGGCAUUGGAAACUGCCAUAUAAAGGCAUGUAAUAUGUAAGAAGGAAGAAGAGAGUGAGAAGUUCUAAGUGCACGAGAAGUAGACAGUUAUCACUGAGAUUAGGCCCUUCUGUUUCUGUCUUUAUAUACAUAUUAUAGGGUUACAAAAAUAUACCAAGCCCAAUGACUAUGUAAAAAAAACACUAGUAUUUUUUUUUUUUAUGAUCUCUCUAAGGCUUCAGUAUAUGAUAUACAUUGAUUAUGCCUUGAUAAUUUGUAAAGUAUAAUACUAAUUCUAACUUCAGUGAAAAUCCUAGUAAACAAAUC